AUGGCCCACGGCCAGGAAGAUUGCGCUUCCGUACUGGAGCAGUUCGUCCACGAUGUCGCGAACCUUCCUCUAGAGAUCAACCACUUGAUGGAAGAAAUUCAAGCAAAAGACAAAAUCAUUCAGGAGUGCCGCGCUAUUAUUAACUCGCGCGACGCCAGCAUCCAGAAGUUCAUCAAACUUAACGGCAGUCUCACCCCGAACCCUAAAGAAGAACAAUACUCGAAGAUCGUCCUCCAGAAUCUCGACAAGUCAAGCCAGCUGCAGGAUGAGAAGAUCCAGUUGAGCGAGAAGGCGUGCAUCCUCCUGGACCGGCAGAUCAAGAAACUCGAUAUCAAGAUCCGCGACCUGCAAAACGACGGCGUCCUUUCCAAUGAUCCUCCCAUACCCUCUCUCUUCAACAAUAAAGACCAGUACCGCGACCCGCCCAAGAUCUUCUUUCCCGACUCCUCCAACGACUCCGCCUCCUACACAUCUCCUCUCGCUGCAUCCUCCGGCAACGCAAACCCGACACCCCGACUCAGCCUCUCCCUCAACCGCCCUCAUUCCGCGGCCGCUCUAUCUCAGACUGCACGCAGCUCCGCGCCCGCGACCCCAGCCGCAACCGCGCACUUCCAGCAGCGUCAGCGUGAAUCAUCUGCCGGCGCUAUCGAUAGCAAGCGUCGUCGUCUAAACGCGACGCUCGGCUCCCUUCCUGCUGCCUCUUCCAACCUCCGCCAAUCAUCCCUCGGCCCAGGAACUCCGAAAGCAGGAACUCCGGCCUCCAGUCGUGCCGGAAGCGCGGGUCCACGCUCAGCAGGUGUAACUAAAAAGGCCUUGACGAAGAAAGUCGCGCCGCAUCAGCAGCUUAAGAAGCUCAAAUCACUCAAUGGCAAACACACCAAGCGCUCGUCCAGCACGAGCCGGGUGAAGUCACAUAAGAAGUCACCGUCGGGAGGAGACGACGACGAUGACGAGUCUAUGCUCAGCAGUGCAGAACUCUCCGAGUCUGAGAACGGCGAUAUGCAUAUAGACGAGGAGGAAGAGGACGAGGGCAACGAGGAUACGAAGGUGUACUGUACAUGUCGGACGGUCAGCCAUGGCGACAUGGUGGCGUGCGAUAACGAUGAUUGUAAAUUUGAGUGGUUCCAUUGGAAGUGCGUCGGGUUGACGAGAGAGCCGGUUGGGAAGUGGUAUUGCCCUGAUUGCUUGGCUGCGAAAGGGGGUGAAUAG